AUGACGAGCGUCCCCGACCUCACCCUGUUGGUGUACUAUGGCGAAGGAAAGGAGGUUGAGGUCAAGGUACCGGCGGAGUUCACCGUCGACCGAGCCAAGAAAGCCAUUUUGGCCAAGGUGCCCGAGUUUGCCGGAGCACAGACCAGCGAGUACCUGCUGUCAAUCGCGGGUGCAUUCCUGACGACAGAGUUCUCGAAGCUGGGCACGCUCGAGGUGGUGCGCGAGAGCGACCUCAGCCAGCCGAUCAAGGUCAAGUUGCUCCGCCGAGUCAAAAUCAGAGGCGGCAUCGUCUCACCCCGGCCCGGCCACAUCGCCACCACUUGGGAGCCGGCCACCCAACCGAAAGCCUUUGCCGGGACUCCACGCAGACACAGCCACUCCACAGAACUGUCUCCGGUGACCGAGGAGUCGUUCGAGCACGAGGAGGCGCAGGAGCUCCGAAUAGAGCUGGCGCACAGGGACAAGCUGAUCGCGCAGCAGAAGCGGGAGCUGGACAACCUCGCGAGCUACAACGCCGAGCUCGUCCGCCUGCUCGAGGCCCACAGCAUCCCCGUGCCCCCCGCCCCGCACACCACCGCGCCCGCCGCCGCCGCCCGUCCGCCAGAUCAGGCCAGCGUCGACAAGAAGCACACCACAGUGCCAACGCUCACCACCACUGCCGCCGACCCACCCAAGCCAACACCUGUCGACAAGAAGAAGAGCGACGAGAAGCAGAAGAAGGAGAAGAAUGCGGAGGAGAGCAACAGAGAAGAGAAGGAGGCCUCGAGCGAGGCGGGCGGCAAGCAGCGCAAGAGCGGUGGUGGAGGCGGUGGCUCGUCCAGGGCGCCCGAAGAGGCGGUGAGCGGCGGUCCGACCAGUCCCAAGACCAAGGAGGCCAAGGAGGCCGCCGCCGCCGGCGCGCCCACCAAGAAGAAGCAGAAGAGCAAGGAGAAGGACGAGAAGGAGAAGGAAAAGAAAGAGAAAGACAAAGAAAAGGAAACGAAGCGGAAGAAGAAGUUUACGUGGAAGUCGGCCGGGAAGAAGCAAGGCGCGGCGAUGAAGGACGCUCUGGCGCGGGGCGACGUCGACGCCGAGGAGGUGACCGAGGAGCAGGCGCGCACGCCGCAGGCCGAGGCCGAGGCCCAGAAGCCAGAGCCCACUGUCGACAGCAGCAAUGAUGACGCCAGCGAAGUCCGCAAGCGCGACAGCGGAACGCUUCAGGAUCCGGGUUCGACUCCGACCAAGGCCAAGGCCUCGGCGGUCGCGUCUCAAGUUGCGGCGCCGUCGCCGCCCCAGUCGCCGGCCGCCACAGCCAAGAGCCCGCAUUCGCCGUUGAUCGCUUCGCUCGCUUCGGAAGACUCCCGCGGAAACAAGCGCAACUCGCUGUCCAAUAUCUGGCGCAAGGGAAAGAAGGACCGGAGCGACAGCAUCGGCAGCAGCCCGAGCCGGGAGCGGCGCGCCGAGUCGGUGCCGUCGGGCGCCACCAGCGAGGCCAUGCCCUUCCCGGGCAUCCGGUUCCACCAGACCACGUCGUCGCUGGAGGACCUCGUGGCCGCCGCGGGCGCCGAUGACGACCAGCAGCCGCAGCCGGUCGCCGGCGUGAGCGCCGACCCGAGCGACCUGGUCGCCGCGACCGUGGGCGGCAGCGCGGCCAGCGCGAUCGAAGAGAGCAGCACCAGGGAGGGACGAAGCGGCAGCGGCGGCGGGAGCGGCGUGUUCGGCAAGCGGAACAGCCGAGGGAAGAAGGCCGGCAAGGACAGCCGCGGCAGUGGCAGCGGCAUUCGGUCGCCGAAGACCACUGAGAGUGUCGACAAUAACAAGAUCGAAGCGCCGGCGAAAGAGGAGACGGCCGUGGUCAGCGACGGCGAGAAGGCCUCUGAAGGAGCGGAGUCGGCGCCGCCGGCCAAGAGGGAGCGCAGCGAGUCGGCCAAUGCGCGCCGGGGGACGAUGGCCUUCUACGAUGUGAUGCGAGCGGGCGCCGAGAAGAUGGUCGUGGCGGGCGAUCUCGAGGCCACCUCGCCAAAGAACGAAAGCGAAGACGAAAAAAAGAAUGAAAACGGUGACGCGAACGAGAACGGAGGAGUGGAAGCAGAACAAGAAAAGAAGGAAAACGCGGCCGUGCCGCCCACGGAAAACGGUGAAAACACAGGUGGCGCGGAGGAGGUCAAGAAGGUCGAGCGGAAACUCACGCCCGAGGAGCACGCGCAGAAGAUCCGCGAGGAGUUCAUCAAAACGGAGGAAAAGUACACGCAGAACCUCGACAUUCUGCUCACGCAAUACAUGACUCCGCUGAGACAAGCGGCGGCGGCUACGAACGAGGAGGAGCGGAUCAUCGCCACGAAGGAGGUGGAGAAGAUCUUCUCGCGUGAGCUGAGCCUGCUGCAGACCAUGCACUCGCACCUCCUCAAGGAGCUCAAGGUCUCCACCACCUCGAGCGAGUUCAUCGACGCCUUCUUCUCCUUCGUCCCCUAUCUCAAGACGUACACGGCCUACGUCAACAAUUUCACGACCUCCAACAAGGCCCUGUCGGAGCUGAUCAAGUCCAACGCCAAGCUCCAGAAGUUCAUCCAGGACACCUACGAGCGCCUGAAUGCGGAAUUCGUGAAGGAGGCGGGCGAGGAGAAGAUGUCGGACAACCAGACCCAGGUCGACCUGCGCGGUCUGCUCAUCAUGCCAAUCCAACGAUUGCCGCGCUACGAGCUCCUGUUGCGCGACUUGGCCAAACACACGACCGAGAGCGAAGAUGAGAACGAGAAGCUGCAAAAGAAGCUGAACCAGCACAUCAACGAGGCCAAGCGAAAAGACGAGAACACCAACAAGCUGGUCGAGAUCCAAAACGCGAUCAAGACCAAGGGCGACAAGGCCUUUACGCUGUUCGACCGCGUGGGCCGACAAUUCGUGCGCGAGGGCAAGCUGGAGACGCGCGAACUACACACCGACCCCGCCAAGAAGAUUCCCGGCUUCGCCAGGGGUUAUGUGUUCCUGUUCGACGACCUGCUGGUGCUGACCAAGCCUGAAAAGGGCGGAGCGGAUGCGCCGCGCACCUACGUCCUCGUGAAGGCCUACUCCCUGUCCGGCUACACCGCGUCGUCCCAUUUCGAGCUCGCCUCGUGCGAAGUCGAGGAAAAGGAGAAGGAGCGAAUCAUUUCGCUUGUGCCCAUCGAGAAGGAGGGCCGGGUCAUCCAGCUCAAGGCGCACUCGGCGCCCGACCGACAGGUCUGGCUCGACGACGUUUCAAAACACAUUCAGCACGCACUGCAGAGAGUCCUUGGCUCCACUCCCACCCCACCGGCCAACCGCAAAGGCAGCUGA